CAGCCAGUUGUAAAGCGACUUUUAGGGUCAACAUUCGUUUUAUAGCGACCCCGCGCGACAAAUUCCUAUUUUAAAAUUAUGAAUGCAGAUUCAAAUUUAGAAGGCUGUGGCUGGUGUGUGUUUGUGUUGUGAUGGUGAUGUGUUUUGGAAAAUGUGGGAUAAUUUCUUCUACGCGAAGUCUGUGAGGAAAAAGUGUGGAGCUUAGGUGACCAUGUCGUCCGGAAGCUGUUCCGGGCCAGGCAUCUGCGGGGGGGCUCGGAGACGGCCGCCCCCCCCACCAGAGCCAGCUCUCUCCCUCGCAGCAGACCUGAGCGAACUGAGCCUGGACCAGGGCUACCACACGCUGGCGGACUGUGGCCCGCCGAGAAGAAGACGGGAUAAUACCCUGACUGAUGCACUGUGGUUGAAGAUAUUGUCGUAUUUGGAGGUGUCCGACCUCUGCCGAAUGUCGCGAGUAUGCCGGCGCUGGUCGAGGUUCGCCGCGCGGCUGCUGGCCCGGCCGGAUCCCUGGCGGCGGGUCCGAGCGGCCGGAUCCUUGGAAGUCGCUGCCAGGUGUGCGGGGGCCCGGUCGGGGCUGUGCGCCGCGGCAGUUAGAGAGUGGAGGAUGAAGAAUUGUGCCGUAACAGUAGCUGGGGCCCAGGUAGUCGCAGCCACAUUUAGGAACCUCACGCAUCUGGCGCUGACAGGGUCCACCAGUAUGGACGCCAGGUCGCUGGCACCGCUCAUUACGGAUCUGAUGGAUUUACGGCAUCUCGACCUGACGGGUUGUCCUAACGUGGACUGGCCAGAAUGGGCGUGGCUAGAGAGUCGCUUAGCGGCAAGAAGACCCCCCAUAGAGUACAUAGACCUGACCGACUGCAGUGGGGUGACUGACGCUGGCCUCUGCGCCCUCCUGCACACUUGUCCGACGCUGCAGUACCUGUAUUUGAGGAGGUGCACUCUAGUCACUGAUGCAGGCGUUCGGUGGGUACCUUCAUACUGUGCGUUGAAGGAACUGAGUGUGUCAGACUGCACUGGGGUCACUGACUUCGGACUCUAUGAGUUAGCCAAACUGGGCCCUGCGUUGCGAUAUCUUUCCGUAGCCAAAUGCUCACAGGUUUCGGACUCGGGGAUCCGCACGCUCGCGCGGCGCUGCUACAAGCUGCGUUAUCUGAACGCGCGCGGGUGCGGCGCGCUCGGCGACGACGGCGUGGAGGCGGUCGCGCGCGGGUGCUCGCGCCUGCGCGCGCUCGACCUCGGCGCUACCGACGUGUCUGAAGCGGGCUUGCAGAUCCUAGCCCGUUGUUGUCCUAACCUCAAAAAGUUAGCGCUUCGCGGCUGUGAGUUGGUCGGCGACGAUGGCUUGGAGGCAGUAGCGUAUUACUGCCGAGGUCUCACACAACUCAACAUACAGGACACUCCAGUCACGCUGAGAGGUUACAGAGCAGUGAAGAAGUACUGCAAACGCUGUGUCAUCGAACACACUAACCCGGGAUUCUGCUGAUCUGUGACACUUCUUAUAAUGUCUCACGCUAAGAGGCUGAAUUUGUUGAAUUAGUGUGUUGCAACGAUGAUUUAUGAAUGUAUACGAAUAUUUGAGUUAAACAGUUGUGAUGUUUUAAAUCAGUUGUAUUAUAUUCAGUGUAAGCGACGUUAGUUGAUUGAUAUUUUGUAUCUGUGGUGAGUUGACAGUUUGAAAAUGGAACUUUUUAAAAUGGUGCUUUAGAAAUUACUCGAUUGUAAAUUGUAUUUAUACAUAGGAGAUCAGCGUGUAAAAAUAAAUAUGAUUUAUUUUUAAAUGAAAUGUGUAUAUAUUAAAAUCCAAAUUUAUUGUUAACUUAGAUAAAUAUAUUAUAACAAUAACAUGAUAUAAUGUACGAUUCCUUUAACGAUGCAUUUAUUCUUGACAGAAUUAAAAGUCCACAGAUUUUAUAUUGAACUUUAUAGCAAAUUAAAACAGUCUAGCGGAAUAUAAACAAAAAAAAAAUCAUUUUUCAUUAAAUUGUACUACUACUAUAUAAUAUAAAAUAAAAUCUAAUUCUAACAGUUUAUACUUAAACCAGCUGUUUCCGUGUUCGUUUAAAGGAAAAUGCAAAAUCAUCAAGUGUAUUUUGAACCAAUAAUAAUCCAAUAUUACACCGUGAUAGGAAGUAUUUUAUCAUGGAGAGCACGAACAAGGGGUCGAUCCCCGUUCAUUCGGUUUUUUCGAAAAACCGAAAAAACAUAUUCGAGGUUCGAAUUGAUGUAAUAAUAAGUGUCAGAAUUUGAGAGGAAUAAAUGGACUUUUCAAUGCUGAUAAUAAUUAGUUUUUAUGACCAUCUAGGCGUAUCUUCUUCGAUCAUAAGGUCUUUACGUACUAUGUGUGAAAAUAUAAACGAAAACCAUAUAUUUCAAAAAGUUGUUUGACGUAAAUUUUAUGAAAAAAUAAGCCGUUUUUCAUCACAGUCUUACGAUUCCAAAUUGUUAGAAUUUUUAAGUAAGUUAUAUAUUCUAUUACUUAUGCAUUAUAUUCCAUUUCAGUUAUUGAAUAUUCAAUUACUAUUUAUAACACAUAACAUAUUGAAUUUAUUUCUACUGCCAUCUUAAUUUGUUUUCAUAGGAUAAUUCACACUUUCCAUUCAACAGAUAUCAAAUAAUUAACUUUAUAACAAGAGCCACUUUUCACCAUCUUUCAACAUCUUCAGCUUACGACGCGAUUAAAAUAAAAGUUUCGACGAUCUUAAUUAAGGAAGAUAAUACCUGACGGCUAAGAAAUUUUUCCUGACAGGAUUUGCGUUUCAAUUUGAUAAAAAAAAUAUUAGACGAAAAGGGAUCUUGUUACGGAGUUUUCUUGAUAAUUAUAC